CAGACUGCUAAAGCAGGAUGCCGUCAACAAGUCGAGCUGGAAGCCUGAAGGACCCAGAUAUAGCAGAGCUCUUCUUUAGGGAUGACCCGGAAAAGCUUUUCAGCGACCUCCGAGAAAUCGGUCAUGGGAGUUUCGGCGCAGUUUAUUUUGCACAUGAUGUGCGUACCAAUGAAGUGGUGGCCAUCAAGAAAAUGUCCUACAGUGGCAAGCAGUCAAAUGAGAAAUGGCAGGAUAUCAUCAAAGAAGUGAAAUUUCUUCAAAGGAUAAAACAUCCGAACAGUAUAGAAUAUAAAGGCUGCUAUCUGAGGGAACAUACAGCAUGGCUGGUCAUGGAAUAUUGUUUAGGAUCUGCAUCAGACUUACUAGAAGUACACAAAAAGCCAUUACAAGAAAAUGAAAUUGCAGCAAUUACACACGGAGCACUGCAGGGAUUAGCUUAUUUGCAUUCUCAUAAUUUAAUCCAUCGAGAUAUCAAGGCAGGCAACAUCCUUCUCACAGAGCCGGGCCAAGUAAAACUUGCUGACUUUGGGUCUGCUUCUAUAGCCUCUCCAGCCAAUUCAUUUGUGGGGACACCAUAUUGGAUGGCCCCUGAAGUAAUCUUAGCCAUGGAUGAAGGACAGUAUGAUGGAAAAGUGGAUGUUUGGUCUUUGGGGAUUACUUGUAUUGAACUAGCUGAAAGGAAGCCUCCUUUGUUUAAUAUGAAUGCAAUGAGUGCCUUAUACCACAUAGCGCAGAAUGAGUCUCCUAUACUUCAGUCUAGUGAAUGGUCUGACUACUUCAGAAACUUUGUUGACUCUUGUCUCCAGAAAAUCCCUCAAGACAGGCCAACAUCAGAUGAGCUGCUUAAGCACAUGUUUGCUUUGCGUGAGCGACCAGAAACAGUGUUAAUCGACCUGAUCCAGAGGACAAAGGAUGCAGUCAGAGAGUUGGAUAACCUACAGUACCGUAAAAUGAAGAAGCUGCUUUUCCAGGAGGCCCACAAUGGACCUGCUGUGGAAACUCAAGAGGAAGAGGAGGAGCAAGAGCAUGGAGUUGGCAGAACAGGAACCGUGAAUAGCAUCGGCAGUAACCAAUCUAUUCCAAGCAUGUCCAUUAGUGCCAGUAGCCAAAGCAGUAGUGUGAAUAGUCUUCCGGAUGCCUCUGAUGACAAGAGUGAGUUGGACAUGAUGGAAGGAGAUCAUACCGUGAUGUCAAACAGCUCCGUUAUCCAUUUAAAACCAGAAGAAGAAAAUUACCCAGAGGAAUCUGAAUCUAGAGCACGACCAUCAGAACCACAAUCUCCUCCCCAGGUUUCCCGUCACAAGUCUCAUUAUCGCAACAGAGAGCACUUUGCAACCAUUCGUACUGCCUCAUUGGUGACAAGGCAAAUCCAGGAACAUGAGCAAGACUCAGAGCUACGGGAACAGAUGUCCGGAUACAAGCGCAUGAGGCGGCAACAUCAAAAGCAGCUGAUGGCACUGGAGAACAAGCUGAAGGCUGAGAUGGAUGAACAUCGGCUCCGGCUAGACAAAGAUCUGGAAACCCAACGUAAUAACUUUGGAGCAGAAAUGGAAAAACUAAUUAAAAAACACCAAGCAGCCAUGGACAAAGAGUUGAAGCUGAUGGCUAAUGAAGAAAAGAAGUUCCAGCAGCACAUUCAGGCUCAACAGAAGAAAGAGCUGAAUAGCUUCUUAGAGUCACAGAAACGUGAAUAUAAGUUGCGCAAGGAACAGCUAAAAGAGGAGCUAAAUGAAAACCAGAGCACUCCGAAGAAAGAAAAACAGGAAUGGCUGUCAAAGCAAAAGGAAAAUUUCCAGCAUUUCCAAGCCGAGGAAGAAGCCAAUCUCCUACGACGUCAGAGGCAGUACCUAGAGUUGGAGUGCCGCAGGUUCAAGAGGCGGAUGCUGCUUAGCAGGCACAAUCUUGAGCAGGAUCUAGUUAGAGAGGAACUGAACAAGAGGCAAACACAAAAGGACCUGGAACACGCCAUGCUACUACGACAGCAUGAAUCCAUGCAGGAACUAGAAUUUCGGCAUCUCAAUACCAUACAGAGAAUGCGUUGUGAGCUUAUAAAGUUACAACAUCAGACUGAACUCACAAACCAGCUGGAAUACAACAAGAGACGUGAACGGGAAUUGAGGCGCAAGCAUGUCAUGGAAGUCCGGCAGCAGCCCAAGAGUCUAAAGUCUAAAGAGUUGCAGAUAAAGAAGCAGUUCCAAGACACUUGCAAGAUCCAAACACGACAGUAUAAAGCUUUGCGUAACCACCUCUUGGAAACCACACCAAAGAACGAACACAAAGCUGUUCUGAAGCGGCUGAAAGAAGAACAGACUCGCAAGCUGGCUAUUUUAGCUGAGCAGUAUGACCAUAGCAUUAAUGAGAUGUUGUCCACACAAGCACUGCGACUGGACGAGGCCCAGGAAGCAGAGUGCCAGGUUUUGAAGAUGCAGCUGCAGCAAGAACUGGAGCUACUAAAUGCUUAUCAGAGCAAAAUUAAGAUGCAGGCAGAGGCUCAACAUGAUCGUGAACUGCGUGAACUGGAACAAAGGGUUUCACUCCGCAGGGCACUUCUUGAACAGAAGAUUGAAGAAGAGAUGUUGGCUCUACAAAAUGAGAGAACAGAGCGAAUACGAAGCCUCCUUGAACGCCAAGCUCGUGAAAUAGAAGCGUUUGACUCUGAAAGCAUGAGGCUAGGCUUUAGCAACAUGAUUCUUUCCAAUCUCUCCCCCGAGGCGUUCAGCCACAGCUACCCGGGAGCUUCUGGCUGGUCCCACAAUCCCACUGGAGGCCCUGGACCUCAUUGGGGUCACCCCAUGGGGGGCCCACCACAAGCCUGGGGCCACCCCAUGCACGGUGGGCCCCAACCAUGGGGUCAUCCCUCAGGGUCUAUGCAGGGUGUCCCUCGUGGUAGUACAAUGGGGGUCCGCAACAGCCCCCAGGCUCUGAGGCGGACAGCUUCUGGGGGACGGACAGAGCAGGGAAUGAGCAGGAGCACAAGUGUUACUUCACAGAUAUCCAAUGGUUCACACAUGUCUUAUACAUAACUGCAAGAAGAACUUAAUGGCCAUUCCUUUUGACCAUUCAACACAAACUGCCUAGAGAUGUCCUCACAGCAGCUUCCUCAAAGGUACUGAGCAGCUGCAAAAAUAAGGCUUCCUACACAUGCUGUAUUUUAAUCAGUUUGUACAGGGUUUCAUGUACGUGUGUAUCUAGUGUAUGAUUGCAUUGGCUGCUGGGUUUAUAAGACAGAUAAGUGAGCGGGAGGAAGAAAGUAAAGCAUGUGGUUUUGUAUUGAAGGUUGCUAUAGUCUGAAAGUGCUUGGUGAAGCUGCAUUACUUGUACAAAGCAAGACACAAAGAUUUAUACUUGGGAAGUAUAUCCAUACCAUGAGCACUUGGUACAUUCCCUGGCUCGAAAUGUCCAUCACUACACUCCGUUAGGGCAUUGUCUUUUCUCACUCAAGAAAUUCAGUCUUUUGUUUUUUUUUCUGCUGUGUGAGUGGUCAACUAUUCAAUUAUUACCAGGGUCAUAACCAUCAUUGAAUAGGUUAGAAUAUUUCUUGCUAAUCAAACUACAUUAUCUGCAGUUAGGCCAAAAAACUUUCUAAUCAGGUUCAGAUGUUUGAAGAAUGUGCUGCUUCACAGGGAUUUUUCAAAGUAUUCUGCAUUAACUGUGCAUGUUAAUGUGGUUAACACAAACCAGCACUACCUUCUUACUUGUAUAUCUUUUUCAUGCAAAAGCUGUCACUUUUGUGUCUAUUCAAGGCUACCACAGCAUAUUGGCAAUCAGCGUGUGCCAUGUUUCCAAAUGGCUGAAUAAUCUGCCGAUUGUACUUACAGCUCUUUGUUGUGUUCUGAUGUACCUGGCUGGAGCAGUGAUGAAUAAUCUUUUUGGGCUUUUUCAGCGUGCUUCGUAUCGGGAAUAUAUUUCAGCCUUGUUUGCAGAUUGCAUUAGUGCUAUUGUAGUGGUUUGUUUUAUGGGCGUCAUGCUUUCUGUAUGUGAGAACUUCCCAGCAGGUACAAGAGACUAGCAGUAAACCUUUGUUUGAUGCCAUUUAGUUUUUGUUUUUUUUAAUUAGUUUUGAAUUUUGCAUAUCUUGAUCUUGCCACAAACAGCCAUCCAUUUUGUUCUCUGGUUGCCAUUGCACUGGUUGGUGUGCUGCUAAGGGGCGUUCCUGUUACAGACAGCAGCUGUCAGAUUACCCAUAUUCUUGUAUUUGUUAGUACUUUGUGUUCUUGCAGCACAGGACAUCAGUGA